AUGGAUGGUGUCAAGUUUUCGAUCGGCGAUCCGAUCCACGAUCCAUCAUGUGAAGAAAACAUGAUGGCGAAAUCAUUCAUGAUUCAUUCCAGACGGAAGAGCUUGAUGAUUCCAGGUGUGCAGGUGAACGCUGCUUUGAAUCGAAACGCUUCAGAUCAGCCAAAUCAGAAUCUUAAUUUAUGCACCCAAAGACUUCGUUAA